GGAUCGUCUGGGAAAAGUCUGUAGGAUUUUUGAAAUCUAGCAUGAGCCUCCUAGAGUUCUUGCGGAGAUAGUGAAAAUCUAUUGCCGCCGAGAGUCGUUUAAAAAAGGAAGGCUCCUCGGCUCGAAAUCGCCUGUCAGCCCAGCGCGUAACUUGUCAAGUUAUUAAGUGAAACUUUAUGCAGAUACCUUCCUGGGCUUUUGCGCCUGAAUGAACAAGAGAAGAUGCCUGGCCACCGUCAGCCUAACUCCUUGGAGGAGCUUAGUUUGGGACGUGUGUGCCAACAACUCGACGGGAUGUGCCGACGCCUGCAACUGCUUUCUCAAGAAUCAUCGGCAGCUCAAGUCCUAGCAUUUGCAAAACAACACAUCAGGCCAUAUUAUGUUAAUUCUCUACCGGCUCGGUUACGCUGUCAAGUCAUCGAAGAAACGUCAAAGAUGCUUUAUGGACCAUCUACGGAUGGAUCUACUCUGAUCUCAGGCCCGGCUCCGUUAUAUCUGCUAGCGCUACUUCUCGGCCACGACAUAAAACAGUUAAGAGUGAACUUGUGUUGCUACUAUGGAUGUAGUCAUCAGACGUCGCUUUUAAAACUUUUGGCUACGGAAGGCGUGGGUUUGGAAUCUUUGGAGCUAGCUCGAUCCGCUUUACUAAGAUUGGACUGUAAACUGUUACGAUCGGCACUGAUGAGUACGAAAAAUUUAGUAAGUCUAACGCUCCGUAACAUAGCCAGUGACGCCGUUCUACAAGUGGUGGGAAGGGCUUGUCCGAAGCUGGUCGUUUUGGAUGUAGCGUGUUCACGCCAAGUAACGGAUGUGGGAUUAAAACAACUCUUACUCCAGGUAGAACUCAGAGACAAAGCACCCCACGUGGUAAUGCAAGAGCCUACGAGUUGGUCGAGACUGAAAAGGUUAAUUUCAAAGAUUAAAGUUUUGAAUUCAAAGACUAAAAAGAAAGACAAGCAAAUGGGAGUAUUUCUCGAAUAUUACGAGAGCCGAAACUUCCUUUGCGACACGCUCAAAGUACUUAAUAUAGCAAAUACAAGUGUAACUAGCAUCGGAGUACUGCUAGCUUUAUCGCAUGUCCCCAAGCUAGAAUCUCUGGCGGAAUACAAUCACAUGGGAAGAGUCGUAGAAAUUAUGAACAGAGGAGUCGUCGACUUAAAGACUCCUUUCAGCUUGACUCAGGCAAGAAGCUGCAGAACCACUACGGCUCGACUACAACUCUUGGCUCAAGCAUGUCCACGAAUAGAGAAACUGCACAUCUCGGAGCCGCUGCAUCCACCGGAAGCUCUCAGAUUAUUUCCUUACGUCACUUCUCUAAGUGUGAACGCGAUUCCACCUCAAAGGGAAUGGUUCGAUGGAUUCUAUGAUUACCUUCGUACAAAUGGCCAGAACUUGCAGGAGCUUAAUUUGAAAGUGAAGCAAACCGAGAAUCCCGUGCAAAUGGACCUGAAGGAAAUCUUUAGAAACUGUCCUAACCUCCGAACACUGACCAACGAUGAAGCUAACAUAUUUUGGUCAGAGGGGCCUGACCCACCGCUGUUAAAACAACUGAAAAAAGUCCAGUUAGGGAAAAUCGUCAAUGCCACGACCAUCAUAAAAGUUCUCUCCCUUGCACCCGAGCUGACGGUUCUCCAUGUGCAUAGUUGCUUCGAUCUGACGGACGUCCACUUGGAAAAAUUGUUAGGAUCAAAAAGUAUUCAUAAGGACAAGAGUGAAGUCGGUCUUGUACAAAAUUUAACGUGCUUCUACAUAUACGUGGCCAGCAAAGUAUCUGCACCCACCGUGUUGAAUAUGUUCAAAGGCUGCAAAAAGCUCAGAAGGAUCGGUAAUCUCGCCAACUGGGGCUUGGACUGUGACGGAGUGCGAACGUUAAGGACUACCCUGGCACAAGCCAACCUUGACGUGGACUUGUGUCCCGGGUCUCACUGGUUUUGGAGCAAUUGUAUCCAAUGACGUAUCCGCGAUGCUGCGGCUCGAUCACGAUUGGCUUUUCGUAAAUUUAUCAGUAUUAAAAAAAGCGUUUACUAGUAACGUCCGUUAAGUUACGUAAGUUGAAUGUCUGUGACUCAAUGAUAAGGAGAAUAUAAAAAUAGGAUUACGUGUUUGUUACGCUUAGCCGUAUAUUGUAAAGCGAAACGUUUUUCACAUACGAGGGUAAUUUCGAGUGCUCGAGAUAGAGGAGUAAGGAUCGAUUGCAGAGAGUACCGUAAACGGAUCUCAUUAACGGUACUUGGAUACAAUUUUUAACCGAUCACCCUGCUGCCGAAAUUAUGAUAUCGUUACUUAAUCCGUGGAUUGGAUAAACCGUGUCUUUUAAUUUCCGUCGUUAAGUGUAAUUUAUCCUUAACUUUUUUUUGUGUUCAAAUUAGGCUAAAAAAAAAGUGAAGCUCGGAUCGCAUAGAAAUGCAGAUGUAUCAUUAAUGUCAAACACACAAGGCGAGCUAUAAAUGAAACCAGGAAAUCGACUGUCGAGCAGAAACAAUAAACCGACAAUUACCCUUCUACAUAAAUCUGACUCCACGGUAAAUGGAUUCGAUAAAAGAUAGUCGAACGGAAAAUCUAUUAGCGUCUUGGAGAUUCCUUUGACCGUUGCAGCGUGCUUAAUGUUUAUAAAUAAUCCGACCAGAUGGAUGGUGAACUUCCAGUUGCCGCAUCCUAUUACGCGAGUAAAUUGUCAUUCACUGUUACGAGACCUAACGCUUCCAAGACUGUUCAUCACUUUGCUCAAACAGGGAAAAACCCAUGUUUCUUUUUUUUCCUAAUAAAAACCCGUCACGACGAACGGCGUAUAAAAAUGA